CUAAAGGUCUGACUCAGUCUCCGGCGAGUUCGACUCUGAAUCCAAACACACACCCAUCAAUCCUCUCCUUAACAAUUAUUUCGAUCGUUGAAUCCAGAUUUCAAUUAAAGAAAGAGAGAUGGCGUCGGAGAUGACAUACCGGCGACACGAGACGCAGCAACCAGAAGCCCAAUCUCUCCACCGGAAGCCAAUCAAGCCGAUCCGUUACAUGCUACGCGAACAGAGACUAAUCUUCGUCCUCGUCGGGAUUGCAAUCGCCACCUUAGGCUUUACGCUCUUCUCUCCAUCCUCCUCCUCCCCCAAACCGAUUCCCUACUACUCGGAUCCGAUUUCCGGAUCCGAAAUGAGAUCGUCCUCGCUGGCGCAGAGGAAAUCGAGCAUCGGGUACAUAACCGGUGGGAUCGGAUCUGUGGGAGGGAAAAUCCCUCUAGGUCUGAAACGCAAAGGUCUUCGGGUGGUGGUGACCGGUGGGGCCGGUUUCGUGGGGUCACACCUUGUGGACAGAUUGAUCGCGAGAGGAGACAACGUGAUCGUCGUCGAUAACUUCUUCACGGGGAGUAAGGACAACGUGAUGCACCAUUUCGGAAACCCUAACUUCGAGCUCAUCAGGCACGACGUCGUGGAGCCGAUCCUUCUUGAGGUUGACCAGAUCUACCAUCUGGCGUGUCCCGCUUCUCCGGUUCAUUACAAGUUCAACCCGGUUAAGACGAUAAAGACGAAUGUGGUGGGGACGUUGAACAUGUUGGGGCUGGCGAAGAGGGUGGGAGCGAGGUUCUUGCUGACGAGUACGAGUGAGGUGUACGGAGAUCCUCUGCAGCAUCCUCAGGUUGAGACUUACUGGGGAAACGUUAAUCCCAUUGGUGUUCGGAGUUGUUACGAUGAAGGGAAACGUACGGCGGAGACGUUGGCCAUGGACUACCACAGAGGCGCCAAUGUUGAGGUUAGGAUAGCUCGGAUCUUCAAUACUUAUGGACCAAGGAUGUGUAUUGAUGACGGUCGUGUGGUUAGCAACUUCGUUGCUCAGGCAUUACGAAAAGAGCCAUUGACUGUUUAUGGUGAUGGCAAGCAGACAAGGAGUUUCCAGUUUGUCUCUGAUCUGGUGGAGGGUUUGAUGAGGUUGAUGGAAGGAGAACACGUUGGGCCAUUUAACCUUGGCAACCCUGGUGAAUUCACCAUGCUCGAGCUCGCUAAGGUGGUACAAGAGACGAUAGACCCGAACGCAAAGAUAGAGUUUAGACCAAACACAGAGGAUGACCCACACAAGAGGAAACCAGACAUCACAAAGGCGAAAGAGCUUCUAGGUUGGGAACCAAAGGUGGCUUUGCGCCAAGGACUCCCACUUAUGGUCAAAGAUUUCCGUCAGCGUGUCUUUGGCGACCAGAAGCAGCAGGAGAAGACCACCACGUCUUCAUCAACAGAAUAAAUAUAAAAUAAAUCAAGUAGCCUCGCUCUCAGCUCCUAUAUAAACAACCCAUAAUGUCAUGACCGCCGUAGCAGCAGCAGAGGACUCAUAGAGAGACAGGACAGCGUCGUUUCUUUUCAUUUAUUUCACAUUCCUUCUUUUGUUAUUUUUCUCAUUGUCAAUGUAGUUGGAGAUCCGGAUCUCACAGACACCGAUUUUAAAAGUCUUUUUUCUUACUGUAGUUUGGUGCUUUCUUUAAACAUGCGCAUGCCAUUAACUGAACCCAAAAAUGAGUUGCUGAUCUUUGUCAACUUAACGAAAGCGACACCUAAAUGUAAAAACUCAGAAGAUACCUUCAAAAAUGUUUUUU